AUGAAUCCUAUCAAGAAUACUUCAUUUACACCUACUCCCGUCGCCAUAUGUGGCAUUUCACUCAGGUUACCGGGUGGUGUGACUUCACCAGAUGAAUUUUGGAAGCUCUUGUUAAGCAAGAAAGAUGUGGGCUGCAAAGUCCCACAAAAUCGGUACAAUGUUGACGGAUUUUACUCAUCAUCCGGCAGGCCAGGACACGUACGGUCCAACAGGGGCUACUUUUUAGAGGAGAGUACCGAUAUCGGUGUCUUCGAUAACUCUUUUUUCAGUAUGUCCUCGCAGGCUGUGGCUAAACUGGAUCCUCAGGCCCGUCUUCUUCUCCAACUCACUCAUGAGUGUUUGGAGAGCGCCGGGGAAGCGGCACCUCACGGUCAAAACAUUGGCUGCUACAUUGGAUCUUUUGGGAAAGAUUGGCAGGACCGUUUCGCGCACGGAACGGAGCCGAGCGGCGCGCACAAUGUUUUAGGAUACGGAGAGUUCGUGCUAUCAAACCGUAUCUCGUACGAGUUUGAUCUUAGAGGCCCAAGCUUGACCAUCGGUACGGGGUGUUCUUCAUCUUUGGUUGCUCUCAACCAAGCAAUUGAAGCGUUGAAGGUCGGAGCCUGCGAUGGAGCACUUAUUGGAGGAGCCAAUCUCAUCACGGGUCCAGGACUUACUCUUGAUCUUGAUGAAGCCGGUGUAUUAUCUCCUACCGGUUCUUGCCGCGCCUUCGACGCUGAUGCGAAUGGUUAUGUUCGUGGCGAAGCUGUGAAUAUGAUCUAUGUCAAACAUUUGGAUGCGGCUCUCCGCGACGCCAACCCCAUUCGCGCCGUCAUCCGUGGAUCUGCGAUCAAUUCGGACGGCAAAACUGAUAGCUUUACUACGCCAAAUCCAAAGGCCCAAGCAAAACUCAUACGCCAAUCGUAUUCUCACGCAGGCAUUACGGCUAUUGAAGAGCUGCAAAAGACAGCCUUUGUAGAGUGCCACGGUACCGGAACUGUUACAGGAGACCCCAUAGAGGUUUCUGCGGUCGCGGAGGUGUUCCGAAGUCAAAACAAUGGGGAAAGACUCUACAUCGGGUCUGUCAAGCCUAGUGUGGGGCACUCGGAGAGUGCAUCUGGUCUGACUUCGUUGAUCAAAGCUGUUCUCGCACUCGAGAAUAAAACUAUUCCGCCGAACAUCAACUUCUCUAAACCAAAUCCGUCAAUUCCCUUCUCUCAGUUCAAUCUGUGCGUGCCUGUCGAUGCUUUAGCUUGGCCUAAGGAUCGCGUCGAACGAGUUUCGGUGAAUAGCUUUGGCCUUGGAGGCGCCAAUGCUCAUGUGGUUCUUGAAUCCUACGAGUGUUUUCUUAACAACAUGAGUCAAGAAGAGUUGAGAAGGUAUAUACCAAACAGAAGAUCCGUCGAGUCGGUUGAGCCCUGUAGCCGAUGUCACUUAUUUGUGUUUUCAGCAAGUCACCCUAAGUCGCUUCAGCGCAUGAUUGCUCGUCACCAGGAGUUUGCCAGUUUAAAACCGGAGAUGAUCAAGGAUGUUGCCUAUACGCUUGGCUGUCGCCGAAGGAGAUUUGCACAUCGUGCUUUCUCCAUCAUCAACAAACAAGGGGAGGUUUUAUACACAUCACCUCUUCUUCGGGUACCUGGUGACUCUCGUAAAGUAGCCAUGGUUUUUACUGGUCAAGGCAGUCAGUAUGCCAGAAUGGGAAUCGAGCUAUAUUAUAUCAAUACGGUUUUCGCCUCCAGCAUGCAGCGAUCAGAAAAUGUUCUGGGUGCUCUUCAGGACAAACCUUCUUGGACCAUCAUGGGCGAACUUAGCAAGUGUGCCACAGAUAGCCAAAUGAAAGAGGCAAUCAUAUCCCAGACAUUGGGUACUGCUGUACAAAUAGCUCUGGUGGACUUACUAUUCAGUAUGGAUAUCCAGCCAACCCUCGUGAUUGGCCAUUCCUCAGGAGAGAUAGCCGCGAUGUAUGCCGCGGGCAGACUUACAGCCGAGGAAGCCAUCAUCAACAGCUAUUUUCGAGGAGCGACGGCCAGUGCUAUGGCUAAACCAGGAGCGAUGGCAGUUGUUAGCAUUGCAUGGGCAGACGUACAGCCAUUGUUGACUUCCGGCGUUGUCGUUGCAAGCGAAAACUCUCCAACGAGUGUUACCAUCUCCGGUGAUGCUGACCAAAUCGACCUUGUCCUGGAUGCCGUCAGGGAUGCGUAUCCCCACGCAAUCUCAAAACCCCUCAACAUCAAUUUCGCGUACCAUUCACCACACAUGAGCAAAGUCGCCGCUGAAUAUAAGAAGAAGCUCAACUCCAUAAUGGACGUUGACCUAAAGAUGAAUGAGGACAAGAAGCUACCACAAAGAUGCCAAAUCUUCUCGUCUGUCACGGGCAGGCAGCUUUACAGGGAAGACCCCGUCGAUAGCAAGUAUUGGGCAAGAAACCUGGAAAGUCCUGUUCUUUUCAAGAAAGCUAUCGAGGAAGCAAUCCAUUCUUACCGUCGCCAAUGCUUUACCACUGGGAGGAAUGCUACUGAACUUUUCUUUCUUGAGGUUGGCCCUCAUUCUUCAUUACAAGCACCUCUACAACAAAUAUUGAAUGGAUUAUCUUAUCCAUCACCAUAUGUCUCUUGUCUCGACCGCAAGCAGCCUAGUGACGAGAAACUUUUGAGUGCGGUCGGGAGUUUGUACAAUGGCAACGUUUUUGUCGAUUUUUCUCGGUUAACAAAUUCGUGUGGUGAUUCCCGUGUUAUUCCCGAUCUACCCACAUAUCCCUGGCACCAAAACAGUCAAAGUACUUUGUACGAAUCGACAGUAUACCGAGACUGGCGAAUGCGCCGUUAUACGAAGCAUGAGCUCCUUGGAAACCGCGUCUUGGAGAUUACCAACAACGAGGCUGUGUGGAGAAACAUCCUAUCUUUAGAACAGAUUGCCUGGCUGGGUGAUCACAUCUCAAGAGGAAAUAUUGUAUUUCCAGGUACGGGAUAUCUUUCUAUGGCCGGAGAAGCGGUCCGUCAACUCUGCAGCGAAGAUGGUACCAAAUCCUUCACAGGGUACAGUGUUAGGAAUGUGACAAUUAGGACACCACUGGUAAUUAGCGACUCUGAGACGGAAAUCUUGACUAGUUUGCGACGGGCUCAGUUAACAAGCCAACUCGAAAGCUCCUGGUAUGAGUUUGUCAUAAGCUCACGUAAAGGAACAUCGUGGGUAAGGCACUGCCACGGUGAUGUUCAAUGUAUAGCCCAGCUACCUACGAAGUCAGUAUUAACGGAAUCCCCUUCUCUAACGAGGAAUGUAGAUGCAAAGGCAUGGUAUAGAGGAUAUAGAAGAGUAGGGUGUUUCCAUGGACCGUCGUUCCAAGGCUUGAGUCAAAUUACUUGCUGUCCUACUGGGAAAUGGAAGUCCACGUCACUAGCUUUUCAGACCUGUACAUCUGACGAGAUGUUUUAUUCAAUUCACCCGACUAGGAUUGAUUGUAUGCUUCAGCUAUUUAUCAUCGCACGACUCCGCGGACUGGCUCGCCAUGCCGAAUCAUUAGCUGUACCUAUAUUCUUUGGAAAUGUGGAUGUAUUCACUACUUCGACCGAACCCAUCAAGAUGGCUGUAUCAGCAGGUUGCAGUUUGAGUGGUGUCAUAUCUGGAGACGGUACAGGUGUUUCCGAAAAUGGAAAUGUGGCAUUGGUCAUGAAAGGGAUCCGUCUAGGAUCUUUAGCAAGAGAAAAGACCGCCUGCCAGGCUUCUCUGAGCUUACAUGGCGGGGCCCGCACGGUAUGGCGACCCCACUUCGAUUUCGUCGAUGCAGUUGAUUUGAUCAAGUCAAAUCCAAAACAAAAGGAUGCCAUGCAAAAGCUCGAGAUAUUACAGCGAGUAUUCGUCAAAGAAGCGCUUCAACUUGUCGAAGGCGUUCACACCGAUAUCCCCCAUUUGAAAAGAUAUUGUUUAUGGCUGGCAGAGCAAGCUAAAUUGUACCCAUAUUCCGCGGCAAAUUUGAGUAAAGAGAUCCCUUCAGUUUCUCACACUCCAUAUGAACCAUUUGGAAGGGCUCUCGAAAGAGUGCUAGAUUCUAUCACUGCUCUUUUCACAGGCAAAAUCGAGCCCCUCGAGGUUUUACUUCCGGACAACUUACUCACGGAGAUUUACAAUUGUAAUACGAGUGACCGAAGUACUUUGAUCGAGCUUUUGGGUCAUAUGAAGCCAAACAUGAACAUCUUGGAGAUUGGCGCCGGUACCGGGGGUACAACCAGCAUCUUUUUACGUCAUCUGAAAUCGCCAAUUGGCAACAACGAACGUCUCUUUCGCCAUUACACUUUCACUGACAUAUCAGGUGGUUUUUUUCCAGCUGCUAGAAAUCGAUUCCAGGACCAUGUGGAAAACAUAGAGUUCCGGACCCUGGAUAUCUCGUUGGACCCUUCAAUCCAGGGCUUUGAGUCUGGUGCCUACGAUCUUGUCAUCGCAACCAACGUGCUUCAUGCUACUCCUGACUUACACCAAACCUUGAUUAACGUCCGGUCAUUACUAAAAUCCGAUGGCUAUCUGUACAUGGAGGAGCUUUGUUGCGAGAACAAAGCAAUCAACUCAAUCAUGGGAAUACUUCCUGGUUGGUGGCAAGAUGAAAGGAUCGGGGGACGCUUCGAAGAGCCUUACAUAAAGCCCAGUGAUUGGGACAGGGAACUCAAAGCGGCAAAUUUCCAAGGAGGGAUCAGAAAGCUUUCUUUGGAUGCUGAACAGCCUUAUCAGCUGUGUGCUAUUAUCGUUUCAGGGCCGCCAUAUCGCACUUAUGAUUCCGAUGAGUCGAGUAUGUUAGCCAAAACUCCAGUGACUGUCUUCGUUGACAGUAUAGCUGAAGGUCAUGGAUAUAGCAUGGUUGAUGAGGAGUUUUCCACUCAAAUUGUGCGAGGUCUACGUUCUAAUAUUGAAGUCAGAGGCCGGACCACAUCGUUACAAACAUUUCCCAAUGAUGAGAAAGCGGACUUAUCGGAAACCAUCGACAGGAGUUGUCACAUCGUGGCAUUCAUGGACCUUCAGAGAGCGUAUUUCCCAGAUAUUACCUCCUCUUCUUUCGAGAACUUCAAAUGCCUAUUGGAAUUCGCCGGUAUUCAUGGAAUCAGCAUCUUGUGGGUUACCAGGGCUUGCCAAUUCCGAUCUAUCGAUCCACAGUGGGCUCAAACCAUCGGAGCUGCACGUACGUUGCGAGGAGAGCUCGGUGUUGAUAUGGCUGUUUGUGAGAUUUCUGAAGACGACAUCAAGCAAUCUGAAACAGGAGCACUCGUCGCCAGCAUCUUCGAGAGAUUUCAAAGCGAGCGGGAUCUAUUCGCUAACGGCAAAAAUUCAUUGAGCCCUGAAUUUGAGUACAUCAUCACCCAGGGUGAGAUCCACAUCGGACGACUGUUGCCUGUUGACGUAGACAGCGAACUAGAAACCCUUCGGAAGAUUGGUCGUGCGAAUCCUGAUCAUUAUAUGCGUCAACAGCUCCAUGUUGGUGAUUAUGGCAAACUAGAUACGAUAGAAUGGUCUUCACAAGCUCCAAAUGUCCAGUCAUUAAACUCAUACCAGGUGGACGUUAAGAUGGUAGCUGUUGGCGUGAGCUUUAGGGACGUAAUGGUAGCUUUAGGAAUCAUCGACACUGAAGCUUUGAGUAUGGGGGCAGAAGGAACUGGUAUUGUGCGAGCUAUCGGGUCAUCCGUAUUUCAUGUAGCUGAAGGGGAUAGGGUUUUUGUGCUCGCCCGUCAGUGCUUUUCAACUAACACUCGCGUACACGCUGAUCUUUGCGUCAAAGUUCCAGAAGAUCUUGAUUUGAAAGAGGCGGCAACUAUGCCUUGUGCAUUUGCAACCACUAUCCAUUGUCUUGAGAACGUUGGAAAUCUAAGAAGUGGUCAGACUAUCCUAAUACAUUCAGCAUGUGGCGGAGUCGGCCUGGCUGCGAUCCAGAUCUCCCGAAUGAUAGGGGCUACAAUCUUCGCGACAGUUAGCAGCGAAGAAAAAGUUGAUCAUCUUGUCAAGAAUUACGGGAUCUCUCGCCAGCAUAUUUCUCAUUCGCGUGAUACAUCCUUUGUUACAGACAUCAUGCGAAUGACGAAUGGCAGAGGUGUAGAUCUCGUGCUCAAUUCUCUUUCAGGUGAACUCCUUCAUGCAUCCUGGAGGUGCACAGCCGAGUUUGGUAGCAUGAUAGAGAUUGGAAAACGUGAUUUCAUCGACCACGGGAAGUUAGAUCUCGAUAUCUUUGAACUGAACCGAAGUUACCACGGUGUUGACUUAGGUCACUUACUAGAAAGACGACCCGAGUACGUUCGAGAGCUACUGGAAAGAAUGGUGAGCUAUCUUCAAGAGAAAAAAAUCGGAUCCAUAAGUCCCGUCGCCUUCUUUCAGUCAACUCAGGUUGCGCAGUGUUUCCAAGAGAUGCGAAAAGGAAAGCACAUAGGAAAGAUGGUGGUCGAUAUGAAAGAUUCGGGGGGAGGGGAAAAUGCAAUGGCUGAAGAUUGCGCUCUAGAGAAGCCUUCAAAUCUACUUUUCGACAGUGGAAGCUCAUAUGUACUCGCUGGAGGGCUAGGUGGACUAGGCAUUGAGAUAGCGAGGUGGAUGGCGGACAAUGGUGCAGGUCGCCUCAUCUUUCUAUCAAGAUCAGCAGACCUUGGCUCAGAGAGACACACUCAGUUUCUAAAGGAACUUGAAAGCCAAGGAUGUUCAGCUGAAGUUGUUGCGGGGAGUGUCAGUACUAUUGCUGACGUUGAAAGAGCUGUGCACAUAGCUGAGUCAAACGGCAAAAUGCCCUUGAGAGGUAUGAUGAACCUCAGUAUGGUUUUACGAGAUCAAGGCUUUCCCAAAAUGUCGCAUGCGGAUUGGACAGAGGUGGCAGAGCCCAAGAUCCGUGGCACCUGGAACCUCCAUCACGCCUCACUUGAUAAGUCCCUGGACUUUUUCAUAAUGUUCAGCUCCACAUCUGGAAUACUUGGACUUCGGGGACAGGCCAACUAUGCUGGGGCUAGUACGUUUCUGGAUGCCUUCGUGCAGUACCGUCACAGCAUGAAAUUGCCAGCAGCAUCUGUAGAUAUCGGCGUCAUGCUUGACCACGGGGCUGUGGCCGAUGACAAGCAAAAUUUACAAUACCUGUUAGCUGGGGGAGGCUACGGCAUCUAUACAGCAGAGCUAAUAGAUGCCGUGGAAUAUUUGAUCCGUACGCCGCUACCUAGCACACACGUCCAAGAAAAUUUGGCCACGCUUUCUGCAUGGAGCGAACCAUCACAAUUAGCAAUCGGUAUAAGAUCAACGAUCCCUCUCGACAGUCCCGACAACCGUCAAGUUUGGAAGAAAGACCGACGGAUGGCCAUUUACUACAACAUGUUGGCUAGCUCUUCUCAGUCAUCGGCAGCCUCCACGAUGACUUCGAGAUCGUUACCAUCUCCUUCACUUGCUAACUUUCUAAUCGAGUACUCAGCAAAGCCUGAUAGCUUUCCGGAGAAGGAUGCCGCUGCAUGCUUUGCUAAAAUCAUCGCGUGUCGCGUAUCUGACCUUCUGUUACACCCUACUAGCGAAGACAAAAUCACCGAAACAGUCUUGAAUCAAUCUUUGGUCGAUUUUGGCCUCGAUAGUCUGGUAGCCAUUGAAAUGCGCAGCUGGUUUCAGUCUUCCUUUGGAUUUGAUAUCAAUGUGCUUGAAAUGCUGGCGACAGGAAGCCUUCAUAGCCUAGGCGGGCUGGCUGCUACAAGAUUCGCAGCGAAAAACAGGGCAUCAUUCAAGAAAGCUUAG